AAUGGUCAUGAAGCAUGAUACACCGAUCGAAGCUGGUUUGAAUCGAAAUUUGAAGAGGGUGGAAGAAGCAAGCAAGCAGCCAUGGCUUACAUGAGCAUGGGAGAAGCACACAGAAGGAUAACGGACUAUCUCGAUCACUUCUGCGAUUCCAUAUCUUCUCAAGACGGAGCUUACUUGAAGUCUCUCUUCUCUCUCUCCUCUAACUCCCCCUUCCUUCUCUCUGUGGCUGACGCCCUCAAUCUCUUCCAGGAUGCUAAUAGGUUGAUCAAACAGUCCGAGAAGUACUAUCAGUACGCAGAAAUCCUUGUUACUUUUUUCCGUUCCUUGCAAAGUUAUAAGCAGGGCAAUUUGGUUGAAUCUUAUCAAUCGUUUGAAAAAUCUGCCAAUGCUUUCAUCCAGGAAUUUCGCAAUUGGGAAUCCGCCUGGGCCUUGGAAGCGUUGUACGCGAUUGUUUACGAAAUUAGGGUUCUUGCAGAGAAGGCUGACAAGGAACUGGCUUCAAAUGGGAAAUCUCCCGAGAAGUUGAAAGGAGCUGGUUCGUUCCUUAUGAAAGUUUUUGGUGUACUUGCGGGGAAAGGACCAAAGCGUGUUGGAGCAUUAUAUGUAACUUGUCAGUUAUUCAAGAUUUACUUUAAGCUUGGUACAGUUCACCUGUGCCGCAGUGUAAUACGAAGCAUUGAAACUGCACGCAUAUUUGACUUUGAAGAAUUUCCUAAAAGAGACAAGGUCACCUACAUGUACUAUACUGGUCGCCUUGAAGUUUUCAAUGAAAAUUUCCCUGCUGCUGAUCAUAAGUUAUCGUAUGCCUUGGAGCAUUGCAACCCUCAGAGUGAAGCCAAUAUCAGGAUGAUUCUUAAAUAUCUAAUUCCUGUGAAGCUUUCGCUUGGCAUUUUACCUAGAGAUUGGCUCUUGGAGAAGUACAACCUACCUGAGUACAGUAACAUCGUACAAGCUUUAAGGAAGGGUGAUCUUCGACUUCUUCGGCGUGCUCUCCAAGAUCACGAGGACCGGUUCUUGAGGUCAGGUGUAUAUCUUGUUCUAGAGAAGUUAGAACUUCAAUUAUACCAGAGACUGAUAAAGAAAAUUUACAUCAUUCAGAAGCAGAAAGACCCGAACAAAGCUCACCAGGUGAAGCUGGAGGUUAUUGUGAAAGCUUUGAAAUGGCUUGAAAUGGACAUGGAUGUGGAUGAGGUGGAGUGUAUCAUGGCCAUAUUGAUAUAUAAGAACCUUAUGAAAGGUUACUUCGCUCACAAGAGUAAAGUGGUGGUUUUGAGCAAGCAAGACCCUUUCCCCAAAUUAAAUGGCAAGCCAGUCAAUUCAUAGUGAAGAGAUGAUGAUCCUUGGCUUUGUUCUCAAAUGUGUUCUCAAAUGCACCAAUUAUUAUAACAGUGCGUAAGUUUUUAUAAUCACGUCAUUUUCUUUUUGGAUUCAUCUUUUUUCUUAGAAGAUGCUAAGUUCCACGAAUUAGAUCGUGGCUUCUUCUUCUUCUUCUUCGUUUUCUUCUUUCACUGUCUUAACGCUUACCUUGAUUGCCAUACUAUUGCUAGGGUAUAAUCUAUCUAGUCAUUUAUUACCCCCA